UCUUCCUGCCGCAGGAACCCGAAGGGCGAGCCCGAGAAGCGGAAGGUAAACACGGGAAUGGCGGACGGUGGCGCCGGGGCUGCCGCUAAAGCGAAGCGGCGGGAACAACUGCAGCGCUGGAGCGGCUCCACCACCGACCGGGCACCGGCCGCGCCGCGCCGCCGGAGACGCAGCGAGAGCCGGGAGCAGCGGCGCGGGGGGCAGGAGGAGGAGCCGGGGCAGGGCGGCGGGGAGGCGGCGGCGGCGGGGGCCGGCCGGGGCGGCGGAGGAGGGAAGCGCAGGAAGACCCGCCGCUCGGUCCGGUUCGAGCGCGCCGCGGAGUUCCUCGCCGCCUGUGCGUGCGGAGACACCGAGGAGGCCGCGGAGAUGCUGCGGGAGUGCGGGAGCGGGGCAGCGGGGGACGAGGGAGCGGGAGCGGGGGAGGAGGAGGGCGUUAUCAACAGCACCAACGCGGACGGGAUCAGCGCGCUGCACCAGGCGUGUAUUGAUGAGAAUCUCGAGAUGGUUCACUUCCUGGUGAGUCACGGCGCCGCUGUCAACCAAUCAGACAACGAGGGCUGGACUCCUCUGCACGUGACAGCUUCCUGCGGACUGCUGGAGAUCACAGAGUUCUUGUUGCAGCAGGGGGCGCUAGUAAGCGCAGUGAACUGUGACGGAGACAUUCCGCUCGACAUCGCCGAGGAUGAAGCAAUGGAGAGGCUGCUGCAGGACCAUGUGACCAAGCAAGGAGUUGACGUGGCUGCUGUCAAGCGAGAGGAGGAGGAAAUGAUGUUACGGGACGCGCAGCAGUGGCUGCUGGAAGGGGUUCCCCCGAAUGUUUGUGACCCCAAGACCGGCGCGAGCCCCCUGCAUGUCGCUGCAGCCAAGGGGUACCUGGAGGUCAUGAGGCUGCUUCUCCAGUGUGGGUUCAGGCACUCUCUUCGUGAUCAGGACGGCUGGACUCCGCUCCACGCUGCAGCUCACUGGGGUCAGGGAGAGGUGUGUCGGCUGCUGUGUGAGGGACUGUGUGCCAUGGAGGCCCUGAGCAACACGGGUCAGACUCCCUUCGAUGUGGCUGAUGAGAGUGUUGAAUCCCUACUGGAAGAGCUGAAGAGCAAGCAAGCUGCUAUUCGUAGUCAGAAUGAAGCCGCCAGCGAGGGGCAGCAGCAGCAAGGGGGGCCCGAGAGCAACAUGGAACAGCCAGGGAGCGGCAGCUUCAAGAACCGCAGGAGCUCAGUGUGCAGGAUGAGCAGUAAGGAGAAGAUCUGGGUUCAAGACCAGUCGAAGGAGAGGAAGACUCUGAGUGGAAUGAGUGUGGGAGAGGGAGAGGGAGAGGAAGAGGAGGGGGAGGGGGGUCCCACGAGCGAGCCAGGAGGAGGAGGAGAUACCUCCUCUCCCAGUGUGUUGAUCGUCUCGUCUCCGAGCCCCGCCACUCCUCUCUCCUCUGGUGAGCCCCUGGCAGUGAACAAGGUGAGGCUGAGCCGGGCAGCGCCGGUCUCGCGGGUCUCGCUCUGUUUCUACACUCCCACCGGACCUGGGCCGACUGUUUGGCCGCUCGCUGUAGUGUUUAAAUUCGUCCACCAGGUGGCAGCGGCGCUCCAUGUGAAUUGCAGCUGCCUGUCGGAUCCGAUGGACUGUAACGUUUUCGUUUCUGUCCCCCCCCCCCGCGCCCCCCCCCCCUCCCCCAGGCUCGAGCCCUCUUAUUCCCCCCCCCGGAGACCCCCCCCCAUACUCCGGGAUGAAGGCUUGUUGACGAGGCUGGACAGCGACCCCCCCUCACAGAGCAGCUUGAACCUGCAGCCCUCCCCCAACUCUGAGAACCUGGAUCGGCGCAAGUCCUAUCAGACUCCAGUUCGUGAUGAGGAGUCAGAGUCUCAGAGGAAAGCUCGAUCAAGACUCAUGAGGCAAUCCAGGAGAUCCACUCAGGGAGUGACUCUCACUGACUUGAAGGAAGCAGAGAAGACCAUCUCAAGACAAGGGAGUCAGGUAGAGGAGUCUGAUCCGAUCGAUCAGAGAUCAGUACAGGCUGUUAGCCCUGAGAUUGGUGGACCGUGCGCAGAGAGAGAUGUCGAAACUCCGACCUCAGCAGAGGAAACAAACCGAGCGAGAGAAAGGAGGAGAGGAAGGAGGGAGAGGAGGAGCACUGGACUGGUGCAGCUGAGUGAAAGAGAGAUGGAAGAGAACGAGUUUCUGGAUCAAACCGACUACAAGCAGGAGCGCAAUGCAGAGAGACCCGCCCUGCUGGAGCUGGAGAGAUUUGAACGCAGGUCAUUGGAAAGAAAAGCAGCCGAACUCGAAGAAGAACUGAAGGUCCUGGCUGAUCUCAGAGCUGACAAUCAGAGAUUGAAAGAUGAGAACGCAGCCCUGAUCAGAGUCAUCAGCAAGCUGUCCAAGUGACCAGCAGGGGGCGCCCCGGAGCCCGGAGCCUGGAGCCUGGAGCCCGUUCCCUCGUGCAGUGAAGAGAUCCGCCCCC